GGAUCGCGACCCGACGAUCAUUGUAUGCGAUGACGCAUUCCACCUUCGGCUCCGUUCCGCAUAUGUCAAGAGUUGGGGUGGGGGCGUGAGCAAGGCGGAGGCAAUCGAAAAGCACGAGAGGCUCCCUCCCGCACCCGUGCACCACACAUUAAGCUGCGCGUGCAGUCGGCGCACGCGGAAACAAUUUGAGCGAUGUCGGCGGGAAGCGGAAGAGAGGAGGAGGCUUCGAGGUUGGUGUCCCUCGAUGAGGUGCGGAAGCACUGCACCAGCGAAAGCACGUGGAUCGUCUUGCACGACAAAGUCUACGACGUGACCAGUUUCCUGGACAAGCACCCAGGGGGCACGGCCGUCCUGCUGGACCGCGGAGGCCAGGACGCCACCAACGUGUUUGAGGACGAGGGCCACACGCUGGACGCGCGCGAGCUCGCCAAGGGAUUCGUCGUCGGCAAGGUUCACCCGAAAGACCUAAAAAUCCUGGAGAAGGACCGAGCCGUCGGUUUGAAAGAAUUCAAGGCAGACAAUGUUGUACAACAAGAGUCAAGGGCGUUCCCUGGGUGGGUGAUCCCCUCGCUGCUGGUGCUCUUCAUCUCCAUGCUGUUCCUGUGGCUGGUGCCGAAUCUCUCCACUUCGGAGGCAGAGCCGGAGCAGUAGUGAAUCCUGCAUCGCUCGCUCCCCGUGCUCGGUGACCUCCCCAGAUAGUGAAAAUCCGCCGCCGUACCCAGUGCCGGAUUAAGCUAGUGCGGGGCCUGUAGUAUAUGUUAUAGAGGGGCCCUAAAUUAAAAAAAAUAAAAACACGUAAAUAUUAAAACGCAUACAUUUUUAACUUGCAUAGUAAAGUAAU